AUGUUGCCGGUACCACGCACUGGAGACUCGACAGAAGGAAAAUCAGAGCAAGCUCAAAAGUCUCCAAUUAAGAUCGUCCAGGUCGCAGGCGGCGUGUUUUAUGGAGGAACCGAUCUCCAGGAGAAAAUGACAGACCUAAUCAAACAAAUAACGAAAAUUUCUAGUAUUGGAAAGCGGAUUGAAAACGAGCGGUGCCACAUGUAUCUCAUCCCAUUAUCGCCAAAUUCUACCUCCGGAACAGUGGAGGAGAGACAGGCCGCGUACAUCAAGAAUAAGCCUAUGCUUAACCCUGGCACUAGUAUCAUUAUUCUCCUCCCUCCUGCCAUUCAGAUACAACAAUCCGAGUAA